AUGAAUAUCGAUAAGGCACGUGUUAAAACUUUAAAAUCAAGUGGAUGUUCUAAUUCAUUUGGUUCCUUUGAAUCAACAUACCCUGCAAAUUUACAUGGUACAAUGGACGAUUUUGAGUUCAAAACUACAAUUAAAAAUAUUAAUGCUAAAUGUAAUACUGUUUUAAGUAAAAAAUAUUAUUUAGUCUUUUUAAUUAGUUUGGUUGGUUUAAUUUUAGUAAUUGUUGGUUUUACUAAAAGUGCAAAUAGUGUGAAUUCUGCAGGUGGAUUUCGUAUGGAUGCUCCAAAACAAGAUAAUUUGAAUGAUUUCAGUAUUGGUUUUAGUGAUAAUUUUAGUGAAGAUUUUAAUAAUAAUAAUAAUAAUUACGAUGACGAUGAUGAUUCAUCACCAUCUAACUUUGUUGGUGGCUUCGUUUUUAUUGCUCUUGGUUUUGCUUUAAUGUUUUUGGGUUGUUGUAUUUUUGGUAUUUCAUUUGCAGUUUUCAGAAAUAAAGUUUUAAAUAAAAUUAGAGAUGAAUUAGUUGCAGUAAAUAAACAUUUCAAUGCAAGAGGAAUUACAUGGAAUUUAGAAUCAGAAGUUGUUAGAAAAUAUAUCCCAAGACAUGAAUAUAAUGUCCAUAGAAAUAAUCAAGCCUAUAGAAACAGUAUCAAAUAUGAUCAUGAACAAAGACCAUACAGAGAAGAAACUGUCCACUUUAUUGAAAUUGUAUUCCCAGCUAAACAAAAUCAAAUUUUUGUUCCAGUCCAUUUUUCAAGCAUGCCUAAAAUUCAAAUGAAUGGUACCACAUCCAAUAUGGACUCUGGUUUGGGUUUUUCAAGUAAUGGAGGUAAUACUUUCCAUUAA